AACGACUUCAAUACUCUGACUCAUCGUCUAAACAAAUCAGAUACAAGACGGUACAAUUAAAGGAAAUUCCCCAUCAAAAUUUCAGCCAAGAGCAUAUAGAUAAUGUCUGAAUCAAUUCAGACCCGAUUCAUCUCCCACAAUGACAACCCCCAACAAUCACUCAUCCCAAACUUAGAAAGGCUUCUCCCCAGUUCAACGCCUCUUCUCAGACGGAUCCAAUAUGAUACUGCUCAGCCCAGAAAUACAGCCCGUUAUCUGACAACUGCGAACCUCACAGAAACUGUACAGAAUGACGACCCUUGGCUCGCAGCUUAUGUUGAUUUGUUCGCUGGUCGCGAAACUCAAGUAUGGGUCUACUCGAGUCUUGAGGCAGAAGUGAUGAACGGUGACGAUAAUAGCGAUGACGAAAAGAUUUCCAGUUUUGAAGGUCUCUCUGAACAUAAGCAAGCUACUGCGCGGCACCAAUUCCGUGAUCUACUAUAUUUCAUAAAUCAAGAAUUAAUGCCUUCCUACCUGUCUCAUCUUUCAACGCAGGAAGCGAAAAUCGAAGUGACCCCCCCCUCACAGAAUGUCAUUCCACUACAUGUGCCUCCUGCUAUACUCCUUGGAAGUCUUCAUACAGGAUUGAUGCAGCUUCUAUUUAGUAAUGGCUCGUAUACAAACCCCGAGAUUCCUUCAGGACUCAAAGUCCAUCGAUACGAUGUCACGCCUUACGCAAAAUAUGUCUUUGGUCCAGACGUCUUUCAAACCGCCGGUGGCAGGGACCACCCUCUUCCAUCAGGAUACUACUAUGGAAAAGAGGGAUUGCGGCCGGAACAUGUUGAGUUGGUGAGAUCCAGGACUCACAUACCACGCGAACCGCAUACACUGUUGAGCAUGCCUAGUGUUGUUAUCUAUGAAUCUCAAAAUACUACUGCUGAAGACAAUUGCGAUGGAGAUGGGAAUGCGCCAAUCGCAUGGGGUUUUCUUGGUUUCGACGGCUCUCUGGUGACGCUUCACGUUGAGCCGGAGCAUCGAGGGAAGGGGCUGGCAAUUACACUCUCCAAAGCGAUUAUGCGCAAAGGUAUGGAAGAUGGAAAAUACGGGGAUAUUAUGCCGCAUCUAACUUCUACACAUGCGGAUGUGGCGAGAACGAAUCAAGCGAGUAGAAGGGUUAUGGAGAAAGUUGGAGGAAGAGGGUGGAUGUGGACUGUGACCUGGACAGUUAUUGAGGUGGUUGAUUAAUUUAACGACUGUAGAUCCGUUUCAUUCAUGAUUUCACAUGUGGGAUACACUCUAAAUAGAGGUUUUAAUAUCGAUUCUAUACGGAGAAGUUAAUAGUAGUAUUUAUUUUUCAAGGAAUGUCAUAAUAGAGAUGAGACGAGGCUGUAUCCAUUGAAAGAAACAAGAGUUAACAAAAUCAUUGCAGUAGAUUGGCACAUAUGUGCCAGAUUUCUAUUUAUUGUUGACAAUUGAAUUUCAAAAAUCAAACUCAAAUUAUACGGAAAUAAAAAAUCAUGCAUCAUCCGUGAAUCGAACACGGGCCUCGUCGAUGGCAACGACGAAUUCUACCAC